GAUUUGUUUUCCACUCAGGGGACCCAAUGAGAUGACGAGAAGGGGAGGAAACUUAGGCUGGGAAUAUAUUAUCCCAGUUUUAGUAUGAUAGCACUUCGCUAAAGGAUUAAUUUAAAAAACUUCUUAAUUAUAAGGCAUUAGAAAAACCUCUAAUCUCAGAAUUUGUAAGCUACAAAUAAAAUCACAUUAUUAUGGUUCAGCUUUGGAUGUAGAUCUGAACGUACCAUUUUUAAAAAGCUUUUAGUAAUCUAAAAUGUUAAUUUUAUUGUUUACCUAUUGUGGUGGUUUUACUGUUACACCAUGCCUUGUAAUGUCUAUGACUUUAGUCUCCCAGUUGGGUGUAGGAAAGUGCUUUAAAAAGUAAAUUGAACUCAAUUGAAUUGAGUCAUAGAGGUGACUAUUCCAAACAUUUCCUCAUACUAAAAUAAUUACAGGCUUUUAGAGUUGGUAGAAUGAUCAGCAAACAGAGAGGGAGUGUUCUAGAGGCAUGUCAGCCUUAUAACUCUAUUGAAUGUAAGCAUUCUCAGUCUUUGUGUAGAGUCGCUCACCAUGUUGCUCUCAGUGCUGCUGCUGCUACUGCUGGUGGUGGUUCUGGUCAGCAGGACUCAAGCUGGUUUGAAUGGUUUUGUCUUCAUCUACACUGCUCAGGGCCCUCUGGGAAAUGGAUUCUAUACAAUCGAAAAGCAGAAGUGGAGCUUUAGUUCAUGUGAGGAAGUUGAUUCCAUGGUUUGCGGCAACAGCUGUGAUUCCCUGGGAUCCCUUUACGGGAAGGUGGAGGAAAGCAGCGGAGAAUGGUGCCAGAAAGAGAGAGUCACCUAUGGACAGGAUGGCUAUGCCCUCGCCAAACAGUACAGUUGGUCUAAUAGAAGCUGGACUGACAACAGAAACGGCGUCGUAGCGUUCAGAGCCCAGGCUCUGAUAGACCCGAGGAAGCGAUCUGACACUGGAAACGUCAACUCCUCACCCCAGACCACCAUCAUCCCAGUUGUCAGAGUUCCUUCAAACUGUCAGAGUGACAUCAACUUAUUGAAUUUCGACCCUGAUGGAGACGAGGUUAAAUGCAGAUAUGCAAAUGGUUCUCUGUCAGAGUGUGAUGCUUGCACACCUCCGUCUGUCCUUAGCCUCUCGUCGUCUUGUAUUCUGUCAUUCAGCCCGACUUCCAGCAGUGAUGAAGGUUCCUACGCCGUCCAGAUGAUGAUGGAGGACUCUCCUAGAAAGACGAUUACCCUGACCAACCCUGAUGGCUCCCAGGCAGACAAAACUACCAGUGACAUAAUCAACAGCAUACCUGUUCAGUUUGUUUUGAAAGUUGAUGCUGCAGUACCGUCCUGCUCUGAAGGUCUCUAUCUACCCAGAUUUCUGCCUCCAACUCCAGAAAACGGAGCUCAGAUCAUCGCUGCCGUUAAUCAGACUUUGGAAAUCGCCAUCAGAGCAGAAGCAACUCAGUCCGUGAUCACUGAGCUGUUGUUCAGUGGGCCUUAUGAUGUGGUAAAAAGUACAUCGGGAUCUGGAAAUUUCACACUGAGUUGGACGCCUAAUGACUUUGAUGGAGGACAAAGCCACCCCAUCUGUUUUAUCAUACAGGCAAAUUCUGUGUACCAGUCGGCACUUCGAUGUGUUGUGGUGACUGCUGAAACCAGCGCUCCUGUCACCACAACUUUCCCCACAACAACCACAGUCGAUCCUAUCACCACAGCUCCCCCACAACAGACUAUCCUGUCAGCACAGCUACCCCCCACAACAGACUAUCCUAUCACCACAGCUCCCCCCACAUCAAAAUAUCUUAUCACCACAUCUACCGCCAUAACAGUCUAUCCGACCACCACAACUCCCCCCACAACGGACUAUCCUACAACCACAACUCCCCCCACAACAGACUAUCCUACCCCCACAACUCCCCCCACAACAGACUAUCCUAUCACCACAACUCCCCCCACAACAGAUUAUCCAAUCACCACAACUCCCCCCACAACAGACUAUCCUGUCACCACAGCUCCCCCCAACACAGACAAUACUACCACCACAACUCCCCCAAAAAUAGACUAUCCUACCACCACAACUCCCCACACAACAGACUAUCCUAUCACCACUACUCCCCCCACAUCAGAAUAUCCUAUCACCACAGCUACCCCCACAACAGACUAUCCUACCACCACAACUUCCCCCACAACAGACUAUCCUAUCACCACAGCUAACCCCACAACAGUCUAUACUACCACCACAACUCUCACCACAAGAACCAUAAUCAGUCCUACCACCACAUCUCCCCCCACAACAUACUAUCAUACCCCCACAACAGACUAUCAAACCACAAAAACUCCCCCAACAACAGACAAUCCUACCACCACAACUCCCCCCAAAAUAGACUAUCCUACCACCACAACUCCCCACACAACAGACUAUCCUAUCACCACUACUCCCCCCACAUCAGAAUAUCCUAUCACCACAGCUACCCCCACAACAGACUAUCCUACCACCACAACUUCCCCCACAACAGACUAUCCUAUCACCACAGCUAACCCCACAACAGUCUAUACUACCACCACAACUCCCACAACUCUGACCACAAGAACCAUAAUCAGUCCUACCACCACAUCUCCCCCCACAACAUACUAUCCUACCCCCACAACAGACUAUCCUACCACAAAAACUCCCCCAACAACAGACAAUCCUACCACCACAACUUCCCCCAAAAUAGACUAUCCUACCACCACAACUCCCCACACAACAGACUAUCCUCCCACCACAACUCCCCCAACAACAGACUAUCCUAUCACCACUACUCCCCCCACAUCAGAAUAUCCUAUCACCACAGCUACCCCCACAACAGACUAUCCUACCACCACAACUUCCCCCACAACAGACUAUCCUACCACCACAACUUCCCCCACAACAGACUAUCCUAUCACCACAGCUAACCCCACAACAGUCUAUACUACCACCACAACUCCCCCCACAACAGACUAUCCUACCACAAAAACUCCCCCAACAACAGACUAUCCUACCACCACAACUCCCCCCACAACAAACGAUCCUCCCACCACAACUGCCCCCACAACAGUCUAUACUUCCACCAAAACUCCCACAACAACAGUCUAUACUACCACCAAAACUCCCACAACAACAGUCUAUACUACCACCAAAACUCCCCCCACAACAGACUAUCCUACCACCACAACUCCCCCAACAACAGACUAUCCUACCACCACAACUCCCGCCACAACAGACUAUCCUCCCACCACAACUGCCUCCACAACAGACUAUCCUCCCACCACAACUGCCUCCACAACAGACUAUCCUAUCACCACAACUCCCACCACCCUAGUCUAUACCACCCCCACAACUCCCCCCACAACAGACUAUCCUACCACCACAACUCCCCUCACAACAGACUAUCCUACUACCACAAGUCCCCCAACAACAGACUAUCCUACCACCAAAACUCUCCCCACAACAGACUAUCCUCCCACCACAACUGCCCCCACAAAAGACUAUCCUACCACCACAACUCCCCCCACAACAGAAUAUCCUAUCACCACAGCUACCCCCACAACAGUCUAUACUACCACCAAAACUCCCACCACAACAGUCUCUACUACCACCAAAACUCCCACCACAAAAGUUUAUCCUACCACCACAACUCUCACCACAAGAACCAUAGUCAGUCCUAUCACCACACCUCCCCCCACAACAGACUAUCCUACCACUACAACUCCCAUAACUCUCACCACAAGAACCAUAGUAAGUCCGAUCAUCACAACUCCCCCUACAACAGUCUAUACUACCACCAUAACUGCCCCCACAACAGACUAUCCUACCACCACAACUCCCCCCACAACAGAAUAUCCUAUCACCACAGCUACCCCCACAACAGUCUAUACUACCACCAAAACUCCCACCACAACAGUCUAUACUACCACCAAAACUCCUACCACAACAGUCUAUACAACCACCACAACUCCCCCCACAACAGACUAUCCUACCACCACAACUCCCACCACGACAGACUAUCCUCCCACCACAACUGCCCCCACAACAGACUAUCCUAUCACCAAAACUCCCACCACAUUAGUCUAUACCACCCCCACAACUCCCCCCACAACAGACUAUCCUACCACCACAACUCCCCGGACAACAGACUAUCCUACCACCACAACUCCCCCAACAACAGACUAUCCUACCUCCACAACUCCCCCCACAACAGACUAUCCUCCCACCACAAUUGCCCCCACAACAGACUAUCCUCCCACCACAACUGCCCCCACAACAGAUUAUCCUACAACCACAACUCCCCCCACAACAGAAUAUCCUAUCACCACAGCUACCCCCACAACAGUCUAUACUACCACCAAAGCUCCCACCAUAACAGUCUAUACUACCACCAAAACUUCCACCACAACAGUCUAUACUACCACCACAAGACCCACAACUCUCAACACAAGAACGAUAAUCAGUCCUACCACCACAACUCCCCCCAGAACAGACUAUCCUACCACCACAAGUCCCCCCACAACAGAAUAUCAUAUCACCACAGCUACCCCCACAACUGUCUAUACUACCACCACAACUCCCACAACUCUCACCACAAGAACCAUAGUCAGUCCUACCACCACAACUCCUCCCACAAAAAACUAUCCUAUCAACACCACUCUGCCCACAAUAGACUAUCCUAUCACCACAGCUCACCCCACAACAGACUAUCCUACCACCACAACUCCCCCCACAACAGAUUAUCCUAUCACCACAACUCCCCCUACAACAGACUAUACGAUCACCACAGCUCCCGUCACAACAGACUAUCCUAUCACCACAGCUCCCCCCACAUCAAAAUAUCAUCUCACCACAGCUACCCCGACAACAGUCUAUCCUACCACCACAACUUUCACCACAAGAACCAUAAUCAAUCCUAUCACCACACCUCCCCCCACAACAGACUAUCCUACCACUACAACUCCCAUAACUCUCACCACAAGAACCAUAGUAAGUCCGAUCAUCACAGCUCCCCCCAAAACAGACUAUACUACCACCACAACUCCCCCCUCAACAGACUAUCCUACGACCACAGCUCCCCCCACAACAGACUAUCCUAUCACCACAACUCCCCCCACAGCAGAUUAUCCUAUCACCACAGCUACCCCCACAACAGUCUAUCCUACCACCACAACUCUCACCACAAGAACCAUAGUCAGUCCUAUCAUCACAGCUCCCCCCACAACAGACUAUCCUAGCACCACAACUCCCCCCACAACAGAUUAUCCUACCACCACAACUCCCCCCACAACAGAGUACCCUAUCACCACAACUCCCCCCACAACAGACUAUCCUAUCACCACCACCACAGUUCCCCCCACAACAGAAUAUCCUACCACCACAACUCCCAGAACUCUCACCACAAGAGCCAUGGUCAGUCCUAUCAUCACAGCUCCCCCCACAACAGACUAUCCUACCACCACAACUCCCCCAACAACAGACUUUCCUAUCACCACAACUCCCCCCACAACAGACUAUCCUAUCACCACAGCUACCCCCAAAACAGUCAAUCUUACCACCACAACUCUCGCCACAAGAACCAUAGUCAGUCCUAUCAUCACAGCUCCCCCCACAAAAGACUAUACUAUCACCACAACUCACCCCACAACAGAAUAUCCUAUCACCACAGCUACCCCCACAACAGUCUAUCCUACCAUCACAACUCCCACAACUCUCACCACAAGAACCAUAGUCAGUCCUAUCAUCACAGCUCCCCCUACAACAGUCUAUCCAACCACCACAACUUUCACCACAAAAACCAUAGUCAGUCCUAUCACAGCUCCCCCUUCAACAGACUAUCCUAUCAUGCUAGAUACCCCCACAACAGUCUACCCUACCACCAAAACUCCCACAACUCUCACCACAAGAACCAUAGUCAGUCCUAUCAUCACAGCUCCCCCCACAACAGAUUAUUCUACCACCACAACUUCCCCCACAGCAGAGUAUCCUAUCACCACAACUCCCCACAAAACAGACUAUCCUAUCACCACCACCACAGCUCUCCCCACAGCAGAAUAUCCUAUCACCACAGCUACGCCCACAACAGUCUAUCCUACCACCACAACUCUCCCCACAACAGUCUAUCCUACCACCACAACUCCCACAACUCUCACCACAAGAACCAUGGUCAGUCCUAUCAUCACAGCUCCCCCCACAACAGACUAUCCUACCACCACAACUCUCCCCACAACAGUCUAUCCUACCACCACAACUCCCACAACUCUCACCACAAGAACCAUGGUCAGUCCUAUCAUCACAGCUCCCCCCACAACAGACUAUCCUACCACCACAACUCCCCCAACAACAGACUAUCCUAUCACCACAACUCUCCCCAGAACAGACUAUCCUAUCACCACAGCUACCCCCACAACGGUCUAUCCUACCACCACAACUCUCACAACUCUCACCACAAGAACCACAGUUAAUCCUAUCAUCACAGCUCCCCCCACAACAGUCUAUCCUACCACCACAACUCUCUCCACAAGAACCAUAGUCAGUCCUAUCAUCACAGCUCCCCUCACAACAGACUAUCCUACCACCACAACUCUCCCCACAAAAACCAUAGUCAGUCCUAUCAUCACAGCUCCCCCCACAACAGACUAUCCUUCCACCACAACUCUCCCCACAAAAACCAUAGUCAGUCCCAUGAUCACAGCUCCCCCCACAAAAGACUAUCCUAUCACCACAACACCCCCCACAACAGAACAUCCUAUCACCACAGCUACCCCCACAACAGUCUAUCCUACCAUCACAACUCCCACAACUCUCACCACAAGAAACAUAGUCAGUCCUAUCAUCACAGCUCCCCCCACAACAGUCUAUCCAACCACCACAACUCUCACCACAAAAACCAUAGUCAGUCCUAUCAUCACAGCUCCCCCCACAACGGAUUAUCCUAUCACCACAACUCCCCCCACAACAGAAUAUCCUAUCACCACCACCACAGCUCACCCCACAACAGAAUAUCCUAUCACCAUAGCUACACCAAAAACAGUCUAUCCUACCACCACAACUCCCACAACUCUCACCACAAGAACCAUGGUCAGUCCUAUCAUCACAGCUCCCCCCACAACAGACUAUCCUACCACCAAAACUCCCCCAACAACAGACUAUCCCAUCACCACAACUCCCUCCACAACAGACUAUCCUAUCAGCACAGCUACCCCCACAACUGUCUAUCCUACCAGCACAACUCUCACCACAAGAACCAUAGUCAAUCCUAUCAUCACAGCUCCCCCCACAACAGUCUAUCCAACCACCACAACUCUCACCACAAGAACCAUAGUCAGUCCUAUCAUCACAGCUCCCCCCACAACAGACUAUCCUACCACCACAACUCUCCCCACAAAAAACAUAGCCAGUCCUACCAUCACACCUACCCCCACAACAGACUAUCCUACCACCACAACUCCCACAACUCUCACCACAAGAACCAUAGUCAGUCCUAUGAUCACAGCUCCCCCCACAACAGACUAUCCAACCACCACAACUCCCCCCACAACAGACUAUCCUACCACCAAAACUCCCCCAACAACAGACUAUCCUACCACCACAACUCCCCUCACAGCAGACUAUCCUCCCACCACAACUCCCACCACAUCAGAUUAUCCUGUCUCCACAGCGACCCCCACAACAGUCUAUCCUACCACCACAACACCCACAACUCUCACCAUAAGAACCAUAGUCAAUCCUAUGAUCACAGCUCCCCCCACAACAGACUAUCCAACCACCACAACUCCCCCCACAACAGACUAUGCUACCACCACAACCCCCCACGCAACCGACUAUCCUAUCAUCACAGCUCCCCCCACAACAGUCUAUCCUACCAACACAACUCCCACAACUCUCACCACAAGAACCACAGUCAGUCCUAUCAUCACAGCUCCCCCCACAACCGACUAUCCUACCACCACAACUCCCCCCACAGCACACAAUCCUAUCACCAUAACUCCCCCCACAACAGAAUAUCCUAUCACCACAGCUCCCCCCACAACAGAAAAUCAUAUCACCACAGCUAGCCCCACAACAGUCUAUCCUUUUACCACAACCCCUCCCACAACAAACAUUUUUGGUCCUCCCACCACAAGAACCACAGCCACUACUACACCUACAGUUGCACCAACUACCAUUACAACAACUACAACAAUGUCUCCAACACCUGCCCCAGGACAAAAUUAUGUGAUUGCUCUGAAAAUGAAGAUCUCUACUACACUUUCUCUGGACAACCAAAAGGAGACCAUCGUUAAACUGAUAAGAGAUGCAUUGAUUGGACGGGGACUGCCAUCAAACAUAAGUCUUCGCCUUGUGAGCAGCAGCAGAAGCAGCAGUCCAGUUCAAGUGACAAUAGCUGCUUCCCAUGGGUUGUCAUGAAAAUGCAUAGGACUCCUGAAGGGAAAGGGGUUUCCUGCUGUUUAGAUACAGUGUUUGGUCACAACUGCCAACAAGCUACUUUGAACCCCAAACUAAACCCUCACACAUGAUAAAUCACGGUUAGUUCACAAGCCAUAAAAACAUUGUAGAAGUUUUAAAAAGUUAGUUGUCCAGAUAGCCUGUUAUCUUUAUGUUGCUGUUAUUUUGUACUGGUGUAGUUGGGAGGACCGCUUUAUCUGCCGUUUUUUGGUGUCUGAUGGAAUACAUCUGCUGAUUGUAUAUUUGAUUAUUGUUGGUUACAGUAAAAAUUACAAAAAAAAUCCAGUGUGAAUGCGCAGCAAAGCCAACAACUACUGUAACUGUUAUCCACAAAUGUGUUCAUUCAGAAUAAGAAUAAAGAUGUUUGUGUCUGGU